CAUCUGCAAGGGGCUGCAUGGAUGGACUCGCAUCUACCGUGAACUCACCCAGCAGAGCUUGUAGAGCUGGUCUACAGGGUUGUCGCACGUGUCUUGCACGGUGUUUGCAGGUUUGCGGCAGAAGGGAAGGAAGAGACCGUCAGGUGUUGGCAGUUGUCAUGCAGGCGAGCAGGUUGCAGUGCACACAUAGCGCCAUUGCGGUUGGAGUUCCGUCUCCCACAGAGGGUCUAGCAACCCACCCGCUGCUUCUCCACACACCUCGCACUCGUUGCCACAUGCCAUGGUUCUGUGAACUGUCUUCCUGAGCAAGGGCUCCCGGCACCAACGCUCUUCGAGAGAAGCGCGGAGGGGGUCGCGCUCAGGACCGCAUGUCCAGGUCGGAGGAGACGCCGAGGACCCUGAUCCACCUCCGAACAGCAGAAUGGCGGAUGCCGUCCGCUGGGUCCAGUAUGCCACCUACCUCCCAACCAUCAUCGUGUCUCUUCCGUUGAACCUGGCGGCCCUGUGGAUGCUGUUCUUCAAGAUCAGGCGCUUCACGGAGUCAACCGUGUACCUGACCAACCUGGUGAUCAACGACUGCCUUCUCCUAUUCUCUCUGCCCUUCAAGAUAUACGCUUACGACACAGAGUGGAACCUUUCCAGCACCUUCUGCUCCUUCCUGGAGAGCCUGGUCUACGUGAACAUCUACGGCAGCAUCGGCCUCAUCGUGUGCAUCUCCAUGGACCGCUACGUUGCCCUGAAAUACCCCUUCCAGAUGACUAGACUGCGCUCCCCACGCAAGGCCGCAGUCAUCUGCCUCUUCAUCUGGAUUACCAUUUUCGGGGCAAGUAUUCCUGUCUACAGCCUGCACGACGCCAAGGCCUUCUGCUUCCAGAACUUCUCCAACAGCACAUGGGACAGGGUGGGCAUCGUAGUUGCCAUGGAAACCACGUUCUGCAUCAGUGCGGUCGUCAUGAUUUUCUGCUCCAUCCAGGUGGUGCUAAUACUGCAAAAGAUGCGCAGACGCAACCCCCUGGACAAGAAGCUGCGGAACAACAAGUCGGUGAAAAUUGUCCUGAGCAAUCUGAUCACGUUUCUCGUGUGUUUCAUUCCGUAUCAUGUCGCUGCCCUGUUGUAUUUUCUCGCAAAGAAGCAGGUGAUCACUGGGUUCAAUGGUCGUCUGAGAGACUUUGUUCACAUUAGUUCUUGCCUGAGCAGCGUCAACUGCCUCUUCGAUGGCGUUUGCUACUAUUUCAUACUAAAGGAGAACGAGCAGUCGGUUAAACAGGAGCGGUGGCACCUUUUUUCAGUCACUCAGCGUUCGAUCCUUCGGAACGAAGGGCCGAAGACCCAGGAAUCUGCAGAGAAUCUGUCUACUGGUGUUUCCAAGACACAAAACACAGCGUGUCCUUGAUGACGGCGUUUUAUCUCGUUUUGACACGUAAACCUUUCGUCACUCUUGUAAAGAACACAAAUUGUUUUAUAACGAUAGGUAAUAAUGCUCCAGAAUAAUGUAAGAGCAUAGUAAUGUUAUACUAAAGAGUACAGUACUCAGAAGCCAUAACGAACAGAAAGGGAGUGCAUUGCAUGUUUGUAUAGUUAUUGCUGUACCCAAACGGGACAUGACUCUAAGU